AUGCAGGCACCUGGUGAGCGGGGUACAGGCUGGGACCGGCGGCGGGUCGGGGCGCGGCUGUGCGCAGCGCUGGCUGGCCUGCAGGAGCUCCAAGUGCUGCGUGAGCGGCAGCAGGCGCGCGUGCGGGGGGCCUUGAGAGCUCGGUCCCCGUCGCCAGGCUCCGCGGAGGAGGACCCAAGAGGCCAUGAGCGCAGGCUGGAGGGCGCACUGACCGCGCUCAAGGAGCAGCUGUUUCAUUUGAGGCAACAGGAUGUGGGACUGAGAACCCAUCUGAAGCAGCUGGACCAGCAAAUCAGCGAGUUACAGCUGGGUGUGCGCAAGGGGACCAGCGAAUCCCCAGACAGCGACAGCCGGCCGAGCUCAGGUUUCUAUGAGCUGAGCGAUGCCGCCUCUUACUCUCACUCCACUUCCUGUACAUCUGUCUGCAGUGAGACUGUUGCCACCUUCCGUGGCAGCCUGCUGCCUGGCUCCUGGCCACCCACUGCCCGGCGCAGUGAAAACCGGCCAUGGUCAGCAGAUGAGAGCACUGUGAAUGUGGCUCACAGCCCUGCUUGGAGACCUGUCCUCACUGAGGGCAAAGUGGAGGCCUCAGGCAGGGAGUCCUGGGACAGGUUCCGGCCCAGACCCGUGUCCACAGGAGACCUUGAAAGGGUCAUGCUAAUUGAGCCUCAGUUCCAAAGAGCCAGCACCGAUAACCAGUCCAGCUCCCUGCUCAGCUGUGGGCUCAGCAUCCCUCCACCUGUGGUAGACCCCAAGUACCAGAGGGACCUGGUGAUUCAGAGCAGCAAGGAGGUGUACGCCUACCCCAGUCCCCUGCACGCAGUGGCCCUGCAGAGCCCCCUGUUCGCUCUGACCAAAGAGACACCAGAGAUGGGCAGCAGUGAGCCCCCCGGGAGUCCCCGUCCUGACUCCUUCUAUUCCAGACCGAUCCCUGAGGUGCAUCCUGCAAGGGAGUACAUUAACAAGCUGCUUCAGCGGAAUCAGACCCAGGGGGGCCACCUGAGGAUCGGCAUGGGCAAGCAGGGGCUGCCCAGGUAUGCACAGAUGUGCAUAGGAGAGAGCCUGGACCAGAAGGGUCAACUCAGGAAGUUGGACUACUUUCCAAAGAACAAAGAAGUGAAAGGUGUGGCUCAGAUCAGGGGCAGCUCCAGGGGGCGCCCCACACAGCCUCCAUCUCUGUCCUUGUUGGGUACCCAGCAACCGGUGAGUUUUCCAGAAGCUUCCACACCCUCAGAGAGCUGUGUUCCUCAGAAGACCACUGGGGGUCUCCCUCUGCUGGAGCCCUGCGCCCAGGCCUGCUCCCCUCACGCUGCUCUCCAUUACUGGGGUCACAUAGCUGACUCGCCCUGUAGGGAAGAGGGCACCAGGAUCCCCUCUGUGCUCUGGGGUCAACUUCUCCACGCCCCGUUGGAUGCUAAAGUCUGCCUUCCUCGACCCAGAACAGGCAGCCGCAGGGUCAAGGCCUCAAAAGUCAAGCGGAGGAUGAGCAAUCGGGUGCUGUGGCCCCCAGAGCAUCAGUGGGGGACCAGCAUGGUGCCCUGCCUGCCCCUGGAGCAGUACCCUUCCCACCAGCCCCACAAGGGAACGGCAGCUGUGGCCGCAGAAGUGCCACGGGGCCGGUCCUGCUCCGAGACCAGCCUCUACCCAGUGUCCUUCCUGGUGCCCCUGGUGGUGGCUCAGCCGGGGAGCCCCGUGGCAUUGCCACAGACCCUCUAUCCGCUGGACGCUGCUGCUGUCGGCUUGGUGGCCAGUGGCUGGACCCGGAAAAAGCAGCGCAGGUGGCAGUCCACCGUGGAGAUCUCGGACAGGGCCCACCUUGCUAACCUGGCGUCCCACAGGGUGUCGGACAGGAGUGCAGGGGGUCUCCGGGCAAGGCCCCCGCUACCAAGGCCAAGCUCCUGUGCCCACAGUGAGUCCCAGCAUUCCGAGUCUUCUGCCGAGUGCAGCUCCGACGUCUACUCCACAGUCGUGGAGACCAGCGAGGAUGAAGAUGGCAGCGAUCGGACCACCAGCUGGUUCGGAGACAGUGAGUCCAGCGACAGCGAGGCCGAGGUGAGGGGCAGCCCAGUGACAGUUGGGCAGGCUGAGCCCACGUGGCCUCCACCAGAGGCCCUGAAGCCCUUACAGGCCAGCGAUGGGCCUUGGCUGCCGCCUGAUCCCACAUCCUCCCGAGUCAAGGCCUCCCGGGCCCUGAAGAAGAAGAUCCGCAGGUUCCACCCCGAGACGCUCCGAGUUAUGACCACGAUGUGA